AUGGCAUGUGAGAAUCAGACCUUCAAUUCAGGCUUCAUCCUGCUGGGAAUCUUCAGUAACAGCCCCACUCACAUCUUCUUCUUCUCUCUGGUCUUGGGCAUCUUCACAGUGGCCUUCACUGGGAACGUUGUUAUGGUUCUCCUCAUCUACCUGGACAACCAACUUCACACAUCCAUGUAUUUCCUCCUCAGCCAACUAUCCCUCAUGGACCUCAUGCUCAUUUGCACCACUGUACCCAAGAUGGCCUUCAACUACUUGUCUGGCAAGAAGUCCAUUUCUUUGGCUGGUUGUGGAGUUCAGAUAUUCUUAUAUGUGUCUCUGCUUGGAGCAGAAUGUUUCCUGUUAGCUGCCAUGGCCUAUGACCGUUAUGUUGCCAUUUGUCACCCAUUACGAUAUUCAGUUCUCAUGAGCCAGAAAAUCUGUGGUCUCAUGGCAGGUUCUUCAUGGAUUCUUGGCUCCCUUGAUGGUACAGUUGAAGUUGCAGUUGCAUUAUCAUUCUCAUAUUGUAGAGCCUGGGAUAUACCCCACUUUUUCUGUGAUGUCCCUGCCCUUCUCACUCUCUCAUGCACCAACACAUUGUUAUUUGAAAAGAUGAUAUUUAUCUGUUGUGUUAUUAUGCUUCUUUUCCCUGUAGCAGUAAUUAUUGCUUCCUAUGUUCGUGUUAUUGUGGCUGUCAUUCACAUGGCCUCUGAGGAGGGUCGCCGAAAAGCUUUUGCCACCUGCUCCUCUCACCUCAUUGUGGUGGGAAUGUACUAUGGAGCAGCCAUGUUCAUAUACAUGCGGCCCACUUCAGAUCGUUCCCCCACCCAGGACAAGAUGGUGUCUGUCUUCUAUACCAUCCUUACUCCCAUGCUGAAUCCCCUCAUCUACAGCCUUCGCAACAAAGAAGUAGCCAGAGCAUUCAUGAAGCUGUCGAGGAAGGGUAAGUCUGGAAAGCAAAUUGCCCGAUAA